AUCCUCUUGGACCCUCUGAUAUUCGAUCAAAGACCUCAUUUCUUGGAUUUGAGUACGGGAAAGCUUAUGGAAACAGUAAUAUACUCUUAGUAACGACCUCGCUUUCCAUAGAUAUCCCUAGGAGGCAUCUGCAGCAGCCCCAACAACGCCGGGCGCCAUGGCCGCCUCCCUCCCCGCAAAGCUCAAGGCAAAUGCAGAUAUCGCCAGAUUCGCACAGAGAGCUGCGCAGUUAGAGCAAGUGAAGCCGGCGAUCGCGUAUUGGUGCGAAUACUGGAUUGUCAACCAACUGAUCGCCAGAGGACUCCAUAACACCGACUCAGAAUGCCUUCAAUAUACGUCAAAGCUGAUGGACAAGCUGGAACAGACGAAGAGUAAAUAUGCGGACGACGAUGCCAUAAUCGACGAUACUGCUGGACAGGCAUACGUGGAGCAAUUCGGCCUCGAAACGUUUGAGCGAGCUGACCGAGCCGUCCAAGCCAACAAGGUUACAAAGCAAACCGCAGAUACCUUCCUCGCCGCAUCCACAUUUCUCGAACUCCUGAACAUAUGGGGUGAGGCAGACCAAGAAAUCCAGGCCAAGCUCCGCUACGCAAAAUGGAACGCUGUCCGCAUCAUCAAAGCAAUCAAGGAGGGCAAAGAUCCCAACGAAUCCAACCCAAUUCCUGAGCCUGGACCAGAGGAAGCACCAGAUCAAGCCAGCGAAUCCGAGUUGCAACAACUAGGCAGCAAUCAGUCUCGCCCACCACCACCGACGGCAGAAGAUGUCCCAGACGAGCAGGAUUUAAUGUCCCCUCACCUCGCCGCACAGUCGCUGCUCAACAAGUCCCUCCACCCGUCUCAAGAGCCCUCGCGGCAAAAUACCCCACCAACCGCCUCUCACCCUGGUCCACCACCUCAGCUCUUCAACCCCUCCGCCACCUCCCAAAACGUCUCUCCUAUCGUACCCUCUCCAUCCGCCUCACCACACGACCGCUCCGGUUCCCUAGGCGGCGGAUACUUCCCCGAAGUUCCAACAGACGCCCGUGACAUACCCUCUGCACCAACAACACUCCCAACUCACCUCCCCCCCACCACAUCCCCGAAACCCAGCGUCAUCAGCCCUCCUCACGAACAACCUACCCUCCCCACCUUCCCCACCGUCGACUACACUCCUAACACAGGACACACAGCAGACCAGAACAUCGAUUCCUACUACUCCCAAUCGCCGCCUCAGCCACCAGCACCACCAGCAGCAACACAAGCAGCGUACGACGCGCCUCCCGUGUCCACGAUCGCCGCGCCUGUAGGGUCAACGCUACCACCACAACCCGUUGCCACUGCGCCUCGACCGCAGGCAACGGUGGUGUUGGAUGAUGUGGCAGUGGCCAAGGCGCAGAAGCACGCGAGGUGGGCGAUUAGCGCGUUGAAUUUCGAGGACUCGGAGACGGCGAUUCGGGAGCUGAGGGCGGCGCUGGAGACGUUGGGUGCGCAGUAGAUUGUAGUGGGGGGAGAGAGUGGUUGGCCUAUUUUUUAGUGGGGGGAUUGUAGAUAAAGCGCGAGAGCUCGAGAGGGAGGUAAAUCCUAGAGAAAAUAAUUUUCGAGGCGUAUGAGUAGAGUUCUGGUGGUGCUUAUGUAUUGAUCGAGGGACAUCGACCAACAAUCACCCUGCCUGGGUAGCUCAAUCGGUAGAGCGUGU